AUGUCGAAAUAUUUAAUUAUUCUUGCAUUAUUAUUGAUGAUCGUAGUCAAUACAUUAGCAGAAGAUAAAUUACAAAUUGGUAUAAAAAAAAAAGUUGAAAACUGUGAUCGAAAAUCCAAAAAAGGCGAUCGUCUUCAUAUGCAUUAUACAGGUACUUUGAAAUCAAACGGAAAAAAAUUUGAUUCCAGUCGUGAUCGUGGUGAACCAUUUGUUUUUACAAUUGGUACUGGUCAAGUAAUCAAAGGGUGGGAUCAAGGAUUGCUCAAUAUGUGUGAAGGUGAACAACGUAAAUUGGUAAUUCCACCAUCACUUGGAUAUGGAGAUCGUGGUGCUGGUAAUGACAUUCCAGGUGGUGCUACACUUGUCUUUGAUGUUGAACUCGUUAAAAUUGAACGAGGAGAUAACGAUCUUUAA